GCAGAGACGACGGUGGUGGUGGUCACGGCCUCCAUAGCAGCAGCGUCAGCGUCACCCUGCAAUCAGCGCCCUGCACUAGAGGGACAGGAGGCAGUCACCGUCCAAUCAGCGCCCUGCAUUAGAGGGACAGGAGGCAGUCACCGUCCAAUCAGCGCCCUGCAUUAGAGGGACAGAAGGCCGGGUCAUCAUCCAAUCAGCGCCCUGCAGUGGAGGGACAGGAGGCAGUCAUCAUCCAAUCAGUGCCCUGCAUUAGAGGGACAGGAGGCCGGGUCACCGUCCAAUCAGCGCCCUGCAGUGGAGGGACAGGAGGCAGUCAUCCAAUCAGCGCCCUGCAGUAGAGGGACAGGAGGCCGGGUCACCGUCCAAUCAGCGCCCUGCAGUAGAAGGGACAGGCGGCUGAGUCAUCGUCCAAUCAGCGCCCCCCUGCAGGGCGCGGGUCGCCAUCCAAUCAGCGCCCCCCUGCAGGGCGCGGGUUCACCAUCCAAUCAGCGCCCCCUGCAGGGCGCGGGUCGCCAUCCAAUCAGCACCCUGGACAGCUGCCGAGGCAUUGCCGGCUGGGCCGUUACCCAGCGCCCUGCUCUCUCGCCCCUCCGUAAUGGAUCAUCAUCAGCAUCAGCAUCAUCAUCAGCAGCAGCAGCAGCAGCCUCACCAUCACCACCACCAUCAUCAUCAGCAGCAUCAUCAGCAGCAUCAGCAUCAGCAGCAGCAGCAUCACCACCGCCCUGUGACGACCGGCGUUCCGGACUGGUGCCUCUGGCAGCUGCUCCUGCGGCUGGCGCUGAGCUCCCAGCUGCAGCGGACGGCGCUGGGAGUCGGCGCCCUAGUCGUCGCCUCCCUCUUCCUCUGGUACUGCUACCGGGUGGGGUGCGAAACGUCGUCUCCGCGGACGUCUCCCCGCACGGCGACGUCGGCGAGAAAAUUCUCAGGUUCCGUCAAAUCGUCAGCAGCAGCAGCAGCAGCAUCGAGAAAAUUCUCAGGUUCCAUCAAAUCAUCAUCAUCAGCAGCAACAUCGAGAAAAUUCGCCGGUUCCAUUAAAUCAUCAUCAGCAGCAGCAUCAGCAGCAGCAUCAUCAUCAUCAGCAGCAGCAGCAGCAUCGCCAUCACCGUCAUCAUCAGCAGCGGCAUCAGCAGCAGCAGCGGUGUUGGAAAAAGGAUUUUCGCUCGCUGCUAGCGGAUGUCGUGGUCGUGGUAGUGGUGGUGGUAGUGGUGGUGGUAGUGGUGGUAGUGGUGGUGGUGGUAGUGGUAGUGGUGGUGUUAGUGGUGGUAGUGGUGGUGGUAGUGGUGGUGGUAGUGGUGGUAGUGGUGUUAGUGGUGUUAGUGGUGGUCUUGGCGUCAUGAUGGUCGGUCUGAGUUUGACCCGAGGCAACAACCACCACAACAACAACAACAGCUCAACAACAACCACAACAACAACAACAACCACCACCACCACCAACAACAACAACAACAACCGCAAGCUAUACCGCAGCCUUCAGCACUACGCCAAGCGAUACUCUUGGGCGGGAAUGUCGCGAAUUCACAAGGGGAUCCGUGAGCGUGCCAGACUCGAACAACAACAACAACAACAUCAUCAGCAUCAUCAUCAUCAUCAUCAGCAUCAUCAGCAGCAGGGCGCGGCUCACGACCUCCCGGCGCGGCACGCUCUGCGGCUGCAGGCGGCCGAGGUGUUCCACGUGCCCGACCUACCCACGGCACCGUUCUUUCGCCGCGAGGCGCAACGGCACGACGUGGAGCUCCUCGAGCGCCACGUCGCGCUCCUGCUCGCAGAGUUCCACGGCGCCUACCGCUCGCUCGACUUGCACGCGGCCGCCGCGGCGGGAGGAGGAGGAGCUGGAGGUGGAGGUGGAGGAGUAGGAGGUGUAGGAGUAGGAGGAGUAGUAGGAGGAGUAGGAGCAGCUGCAGCAGUAGGAGCACCACCACCACCACCACCGUCGCCACCUCCGGCGCCGGGCUGGCUGAGCGAUGAUUCCUCCUCCUCCUCCUCGUCGUCGUGGUGGCGUUUCCCGCUGGUGAGCGGCGGGGUGAGGAUGGUGGCCAACUGCAGGCGCUGCCCGGGCGCGUGGCGCCUGGUGCGAGCCCUCCGCACUGCCAUCUGCAACAACGAAUUCGGCAGCGCCGGCUUCGAGAUGCUGCGUCCGGGGAGCCGCGUGCCCGAGAGAUACGGACCCAGCAACGCGCGGGUCUGUUGCCACUUGGGCCUCAAGGCCCCUGGUGGAUGCGAGCUGGUGGUGGGUGGCGAACCGCAGCGCUGGGUCGAGGGUCGUUGCCUCCUCUUCGAUGAUUCCUUCCUGCACACAGCCUCGCACGAAGGCCCCCCUGAGGAGGGUCCCCUCGUGGUGUUCUCUGUCGACCUGUGGCACCCAAACGUGGCUGCAGCAGAGCGGCAAGCCCUGGACUUCAUCUUCAGUCCCUCUCACUGACACACUCACUGACACACUCACUGACACACUCACUGACACACUCACUGACACACUCACUGACACAGUGACAAGCCCUGGACUUCAUCUUCAGUCCCUCUCACUGACACACUCACUGACACACUCACUGACACACUCACUGACACACUGACACACUCACUGACACACUGACACACUCACUGACACACUCACUGACACACUCACUGACUCACUGACACACUCACUGACACACUCACUGACACACUCACUGACACAGUGACAAGCCCUGGACUUCAUCUUCAGUCCCUCUCACUGACACACUCACUGACACACUCACUGACACACUCAAUGACACACUCACUGACACAUUCACUGACACACUCACUGACACACUCACUGACACAGUGACAAGCCCUGGACUUCAUCUUCAGUCCCUCUCACUGACACACUCACUGACACACUCACUGACACACUCACUGACACACUCACUGACACACUGACACACUCACUGACACACUCACUGACACACUCACUCACUCACUGACACACUCACUGACACACUCACUGACUCACUGACACACUCACUGACACAGUGACAAGCCCUGGACUUCAUCUUCAGUCCCUCUCACUGACACACUCACUGACACACUCACUGACACACUCACUGACUCACUGACACACUCACUGACACACUCACUGACACAGCGGCAAGCCCUGGACUUCAUCUUCAGUCCCUCUCACUGAUACACUCACUGACACACUCACUGACACACUCACUGACACACUCACUGACACACUCACUGACACACUGACACACUCACUGACACACUCACUGACACACUCACUGACACAGUGACAAGCCCUGGACUUCAUCUUCAGUCCUUCUCACUGACACACUCACUGACACACUCACUGACACACUCACUGACACAGUGAAAAGCCCUGGACUUCAUCUUCAGUCCCUCUCACUGACACACUCACUGACACACUCACUGACACACUCACUGACACACUCACUGACACACUGACACACUCACUGACACACUCACUGACACAGUGACAAGCCCUGGACUUCAUCUUCAGUCCCUCUCACUGACACACUCACUGACACACUCACUGACACACUCACUGACACACUCACUGACACACUCACUGACACAGUGACAAGCCCUGGACUUCAUCUUCAGUCCCUCUCACUGACACACUCACUGACACACCCACUGACACACUCACUGACACACUCACUGACACAGCGGCAAGCCCUGGACUUCAUCUUCAGUCCCUCUCACUGACACACUCACUGACACACUCACUGACACACUCACUGACACACUCACUGACACACUCACUGACACAGUGACAAGCCCUGGACUUCAUCUUCAGUCCCUCUCACUGACACACUCACUGACACACUCACUGACACACUCACUGACACACUCACUGACACACUCACUGACACAGUGACAAGCCCUGGACUUCAUCUUCAGUCCCUCUCACUGACACACUCACUGACACACUCACUGACACACUCACUGACACAGUGACAAGCCCUGGACUUCAUCUUCAGUCCCUCUCACUGACACACUCACUGACACACUCACUGACACACUCACUGACACACUCACUGACACACUCACUGACACAGCGGCAAGCCCUGGACUUCAUCUUUAGUCCUUCUCACUGACACACUCACUGACACACUCACUGAUACACUCACUGACACAUUCACUGACACACUCACUGACACACUCACUGACACAGCGGCAAGCCCUGGACUUCAUCUUCAGUCCCUCUCACUGACACACUCACUGACACACUCACUGACACACUCACUGACACACUGACACACUCACUGACACACUCACUGACACACUCACUGACACACUCACUGACACAGUGACAAGCCCUGGACUUCAUCUUCAGUCCCUCUCACUGACACACUCACUGACACACUCACUGACACACUGACACACUCACUGACAAACUCACUGACACACUCACUGACACACUCACUGACACAGUGACAAGCCCUGGACUUCAUCUUAAGUCCCUCUCACUGACACACUCACUGACACACUCACUGACACACUCACUGACACACUCACUGACACACUGACACACUCACUGACACACUCACUGACACACUCACUGACACACUCACUGACACACUGACACUCUCACUGACACACUGACACACUCACUGACACACUCACUGACACACUCACUGACGCACUCACUGACACACUCACUGACACAGCGGCAAGCCCUGGACUUCAUCUUCAGUCCCUCUCACUGACACACUCACUGACACACUCACUGACACACUCACUGACACACUGACACACUCACUGACACACUCACUGACACACUCACUGACACAGUGAAAAGCCCUGGACUUCAUCUUCAGUCCCUCUCACUGACACACUCACUGACACACUCACUGACACACUCACUGACACACUCACUGACACACUCACUGACACAGUGACAAGCCCUGGACUUCAUCUUCAGUCCCUCUCACUGACACACUCACUGACACACUCACUGACACACUCACUGACACACUCACUGACACACUGACACUCUCACUGACACACUGACACACUCACUGACACACUCACUGACACACUCACUGACGCACUCACUGACACACUCACUGACACAGCGGCAAGCCCUGGACUUCAUCUUCAGUCCCUCUCACUGACACACUCACUGACACACUCACUGACGCACUCACUGACACACUGACACACUCUCUGACACACUCACUGACACACUCACUGACACAGUGAAAAGCCCUGGACUUCAUCUUCAGUCCCUCUCACUGACACACUCACUGACACACUCACUGACACACUCACUGACACACUCACUGACACACUCACUGACACAGUGACAAGCCCUGGACUUCAUCUUCAGUCCCUCUCACUGACACACUCACUGACACACUCACUGACACACUCACUGACACACUCACUGACACACUCACUGACACAGUGACAAGCCCUGGACUUCAUCUUCAGUCCCUCUCACUGACACACUCACUGAUACACUCACUGACACAUUCACUGACACACUCACUGACACACUCACUGACACAGUGACAAGCCCUGGACUUCAUCUUCAGUCCCUCUCACUGACACACUCACUGACACACUCACUGACACACUCA